AUACAGCAAAGAUCACAUUAAGCUGAAUCUUCCUCUCCUCUUUUGAUCUUGCAAGAAUCAACAGAUAAAAAUCCAAUCUUUUUCUUCUAUCAUGCCAAAUCAACUCAAGAAUCACACAUGGUUUGAUGCUUCUUGAAACACAUCUCAUCUUGUAGCCAGGAUCAAGAGGGCUUCAAUCACAUGGUAUGAUGAAGGAUUUCCCAUCUUGCUUUGGUGAAAAUGGAGUUCAAGUUGCAGACUCAUCACCCUCAACAACCACCACAACCACAGCCAGAGCUCAAAAUCUUGUCUCAUGCAUCUACCACCACCACUCCCACUCCUUCUCUGGCUUCAUCACAGUCACAUGGAUCAAGAAUCUCAUGGCACAGGCUCUGAGCAUCGCGGUCGAGAGCUCGGCCAACGACAGCCUAGGGAGAGUGGACAUCAGGCCAUGGCUCUUCUCCAAGAGAAAAGGGUCCAAGAAAAUGGUGGUGGACUCCACAAAGGUAGACAUCUACUGGGACUUAUCCUCAGCCAAGUUCGGGUCGAGCCCCGAGCCCUUAGAGGGGUUCUACCUAGCCAUAGCACUAAACCAAGAACUCUCCCUACUUCUUGGAGAUUUGAAGAGUGAAGCCUACAGCAAGAUUGAUCACCAUCCAUCACCAUUUGCAUCAAAGGCCAGUUUUCUUGCUAGAAAAGAACACAUUUUUGGGAAGAGGCUGUACCAUUCGAAGGCGCAGUUUUGUGCCAAGGGGCGCUUGCAUGAUAUGAGAAUCGAGUUUGAUCCGAAUGAGAGAUUCGGGAAGUGUUUGACUGUGUUUGUGGAUAGGAAGGCAGUGUUGCAAGUGACUCACCUUCAAUGGAAGUUCAGGGGAAACCAGGCUAUCUGUGUGGAUGGAGUUUGUGUGGAGGUGUUUUGGGAUGUCCAUGGCUGGCUCUUCGAUAGCGUCGCUGGCAGCGCUAUCUUCUUGUUUAGGACGCAGGCGCAGAUGGGGGCGCUGCCAUUGUCGGAGGAUUGGCAAAGAUGGAAAGACACAACUUCACAUAGUCUUGGUUUUUCACUUGUGUUGUGUGCUUGGAAGAGUGAAUAGUGUAGCAUAGUAUUGAGUUUAGUUUUGGUGUUUGGUUUUUUGUUAUGUGUGGGGUUUUUGUACAUUAUGAUAUCAUUACUAAUAUGAAGAUAUACCAUUUGUUUUUCCCUUUA